GAAAACAUUGGGAGACAGUUGAGUGCAUGAAAUUGCAUGUUGUUUUGAUUAGCCAGUGGUCCACGUUUGUACCCAUAGUUUUCAAAAAAAAAUACCCGUUUGCAUCUUGUAUUUCUUUUAUUAGACUAGACAUGAGUGUAUGUAUGUGUUCCUUCCUUGCCUAAAACGCAUAAAAUCUCCAUGUAAUUACAUGUCAUGAGGAGGAGGACACCCCUUUCUUGCAGGCAACCAAGUCUAAUCCGUGUGUGUCAUGUGCUCUAUAUAUAUAUAUGAAAACCUCUUUCAAACAAUUAUAUCCAUAACUUUCUUCUUCUUCUUCUUCAUCUUGCUAAGAUCUAAUAGGCUGCUCCAUCUAUGGGUGAAAGUAGUGAAGAACAAAUGCUUCACGCUCCAUGCUUGAUCACACAAUAUGAUAGCUACACAAAAGCACGGGAAGAUAGCUGCGUGAUCAUGAAAGGACAUGAUGAUGAUGGUGAUGAUGACGAUAAUGGGUAUGCGUACGACACCACAUCAUCCAUAUCGGUUUCCGAUCGAUCGACAUCUUCUUUGGAGUUGGUAGAUGAUGCAUCUUCAUCAACAACAACAUCAUCAUCAUCAUGUUCUUCUUCCUUCAAUUCUCAUGGAUCUUUGCAUGACUUGUCAGAUCUCAUGGCCCAGCUACCCAUCAAAAGAGGACUUUCAAAGUAUUUUGAAGGCAAGUGUCAGUCAUUUACAUCAUUAUCAAAGGUCAAGAGCAUUGAAGAUCUUGCAAAGAAAGAGAGUCCUUACAAUCAAAGAAAAGCACUAAAACAAAGUAAGAGCUAUGGAGGUGGCUUGGGUAGCUACAGAUCCUACACACUUCCUAAGGCCACCAUUUCUAAGAUUAAGAAGACCUCAUCAGCUUCAAGGGCUUCUUAUUUGUCAUCUGAUAAUUUAUCUUUUUCAAGUAGAACAAGAGGCGGCUCUUUUGGUAGUACUACGCUCCCCCCAAUUCCUGUAAGAAAGAAAUUUUAACCUACGUAUACUUACGUACGUGUGCAUGUAUAGAUAUACAAAUAUAUAGCAAAUCCGUCAUCUUGCAAUAAUGCUUAAAUACAAAUAUAUAAACUCGAAUACUGGUUUUGCUGUAGGAUUAAUGGCUGCAUCAACAAAAUUUGUCCCCUUACAGCAGAAUAAGAGUCGUUAAGCCCCAUGAGAAAUUGUAUGAACUCAACCAGACUCGAGUUUGGUAUAACACAGAGAGAUAGAUUGUUGUUCAUGCUUAUGCUCUACAAUUUCACAUUGAAUCUGAAUACACAAGAACGUUCUUUCAAAUCUGACAACACAAUACCUCUGCUCGCAUGUGGUGAAGACUUGUUUAGGAGCUUUAUAACUUGUGCUUGUAUUGAAAUUUGAAAGUGCAUGAUUUUGAUUAAGUUUAUGAUUUGGUUUGAGAAACACUUUGGAAUGCUUAUGGAUUUAUUGAGAUAACAUUCAUUACUGGUAGAUAUAUUGAAUGGCCUGGGAAGUUUAGAAACGUUUUGGAAAGUUAUGUUUAUGAGUAAUGAGCGGCCCGAGGAGCCUGGUUUUAUUUGAGUAUGGAUUGAUGGAGGAUUUGAGGAUAUUGUUUAGAGUAAAAGUUUUGAUAUGUGAUAUUGAAAUUGGAUUUUGUUUUAAA